CGUAGCAGUGACAACGCCGCCGCGCGCAAAGCUGUUCGUCGCCAUGGCCAUCCACACACCGCUCCUUCGGCUGCUACCUCUGCUGCUCAUGCUCCUGCCGUCUCCCCUGCGGGAUUACCUCUCGCCGGCCAGACACGAGCUGGGCGGUCACGGCCAGCUCGAAGCCCGCCACCCGAUCAUUAUCUUCCCUGGCUUCAGCUGCUCCAACUUGGAAGCGCGGCUCACCGACGACUACACGCCGUCGCUUCCGCACUGCGGCGCGCUCAAGGGCAAGGGGUGGUUCCCGCUGUCGACCAACCCAUGGGACCUGGUCGAGCACGACUACAUCCCCUGCUUCGAGGAGCAGAUGAGCCUGGUGUACGACCCCGUGCUCAACGACUACCGGAACCGGCCCGGUGUCGAGACGCGUGUGCCCAACUUCGGCUCCGCCUAUGGAUUCAGUAUAAAGCUUGAUGGGGCCACUGAAUAUUGCUUCAUAAAGCUCAACAAAGAAUUGGAAGCACUAGGAUAUCGCGAUGGAGAUACCCUUUUUGGAGCUCCAUAUGACAUACGACAUGCACCACCACUACCUGGUCAACCAUCUGAGGUGUACUCUGAUUACUUUGCUCGUGUCAAGGAUCUGGUGCAGCAUGCGAGCGAGAAGAAUGGGAACAAGCCGGUCAUCCUUGUCGGGCAUAGCUUUGGCGGAAUGAUCGCCCAAGAAUUUGUGAAUUCAACUACUCAAGAAUGGAGGAACAAGUUCAUCAAGCACAUGGUCCUCAUUGCGCCGACACCUCCAACGGGCUUGACGGAGGUGGUCACAAACCUUGCCUCGGGACCAACAGUCAUUAUUCUCCCGAAAGUAACGGCAAUUGCUUUGCGGCCCAUGUGGAGGACAUUUGCAAGUUCCAUUCUAUCCAUGCCAUCUCCCUGGGUUUUUGGUGACAAGCCACUCAUAAUCACUAAACACAGGAACUACACAGCCUAUGACUACUCAGAUUUUCUCACAGCGCUCGGCUUCAGCAAUGGACUCAUGCCCUUCAUGAAACGGGUGCUUCCGAAGAUGAUGAGGAUUUACGCACCAAUGGUUCCAACAACAUACCUCAAUGGUGUCGGCGUACAGACGCCGGAGCAGGAGGUUUACAUGGAUGGCAACUUUGAUGUCGCCCCAGAGCAUGUGUAUGGGGAUGGAGAUGGGAGCAUCAAUUUGAUUAGUAUGUUGGCGUUCGCCAACGAAUUGCAUAGGCAGCAUCUGGAGGGCAACAUAUACUUCAAUUUUAUCAAGAUCGAGCAUGCUACGCACUCCGGUAUUAUUGUUUCAGAUGAUUCUCUCAAGAUUGUUAUCGCUGAAAUUGUAAGAGCAAAUUGGUGA